AUGUCGGAUAAAAUCAAAGUGGCCGUGCGGGUUCGUCCGUUUAAUCGGCGAGAACUUGAACUCGCCACAGAAAACGUCAUUGAAAUGGAUGGCUAUCAAACGAUUUUGAAAUAUCCUGCCAGCUUAGAUAAGAUGGAAAGGAAGCCUCCGAAGAUUUUCGCUUUCGAUCACUGUUUCUACUCGACCGAUGCAAACGCGAACAACUUUGCGUCACAGGAGCUGGUCUUCAACAACAUCGGUCGGGACAUUCUGGAGAAUGCAUUCCAGGGUUAUAAUGCGUGCAUCUUUGCGUACGGUCAGACUGGUUCGGGCAAGUCGUACACGAUGAUGGGUAGCCAAGAAAGCAAAGGCAUCAUACCGCGCCUGUGUGACGAGCUGUUUGCAUCCAUCGCAGCCAAACAGACGGAUGAGCUAAACUAUAAGGUAGAGGUGUCAUACAUGGAGAUCUACAAUGAAAAGGUGCACGAUCUGCUCGAUCCGAAGACAGCAAAACAGUCGCUGAAGGUGCGCGAGCAUAACGUGCUUGGUCCGUAUGUCGAUGGAUUAUCCCAGCUGGCAGUCACCUCAUUUCUGGACAUCGAUAACCUGAUGGCAGAAGGCAACAAAUCGCGUACGGUCGCCGCAACGAAUAUGAAUUCGGAAUCGUCCCGCUCGCACGCAGUCUUCACAGUCGUACUGACACAGACACUAAUCGACACACUAUCCGGAGUCACGGGAGAAAAGGUAUCACGGGUUUCACUGGUCGAUUUGGCCGGUAGUGAGCGUGCUGUGAAAACAGGUGCCGUUGGAGACCGCCUCAAAGAGGGCUCAAAUAUCAACAAAAGCCUUACCACACUCGGCUUGGUGAUAUCGAAGUUGGCUGAUAGUACUGGAGGCGGUAAGAACAAAGAUAAGUUUGUACCGUACCGUGACUCAGUGUUGACGUGGCUACUAAAGGACAAUCUUGGUGGUAACUCGAAGACGGUAAUGUUGGCAACAUUGUCACCAGCGGCAGAUAACUAUGAGGAGACGCUGUCUACGCUUAGGUAUGCCGAUCGGGCUAAACGAAUUGUUAACCAUGCAGUGGUGAAUGAAGACCCGAAUGCACGUAUUAUCCGUGAAUUGCGCAAGGAGGUCGAAACGCUGCGCGAAAUGUUAAAGCAUGCGACUGGUAACAAUUUCGGUGACAUGAAGCGCGUCGACAUCCACGAUAAGCUUGCGGAAAGCGAGAACCUGAUGAAGCAGAUCUCUCAAACGUGGGAAGAGAAAUUGGAGAAGACCGAACAAAUUCAAAGCGAACGUCAGCAGGCGCUGGAGAAGAUGGGUAUCAGCGUGCAGGACAGUGGUAUCAAGGUGGAAAAGAAUAAAUACUAUCUUGUCAACCUGAAUGCUGAUCCGUCUCUGAAUGAGCUGCUGGUGUAUUACUUGAAAGAGGAAACACUGAUCGGUGGUCGAAGUAGUAGCGGUAGCAAACAACCCGACAUUCAGCUACUUGGUCUCGGCAUCCAGCCAGAACACUGUCUUAUCACAAUCGAGGAUGGCGAGCUGUACAUGGAACCCAUCGAGAAUGCGCGUUGCUGCGUGAAUGGCUCUGUCAUGAAUGGAAAGACAGCGCUUCAUCAUGGUGAUCGUAUCCUCUGGGGCAAUCAUCACUUUUUUCGUGUAAAUUGUCCGAAAUCGGCCGCAAACAAUGCGACUUUGGGAACUUCGGAACCUCAAACGCCGGCGCAGCAUCUUGACUAUUAUUACGCGCAGGAAGAGUUGAUGCAAAACGAGCUGAGCAAUAACCCGAUACAGGCGGCCAUCUCGCGACUAGAGAAGCAACACGAAGAAGAUAAGCAGGUGGCACUCGAAAAGCAACGACAAGAGUAUGAGAAGCAAUUUCAGCAGUUGCGAAACAUACUGUCACCGACAACACCGUAUGCUCCGUAUGCACCGUACGAUCCAUUCCGGCUAGGAAAACUCCCCCCAAACACACCGACGGGCCAACUUCGUGUUGAGAAGUGGGCACAAGAGAGGGACGAGAUGUUUAAACGAUCUCUUGGUCAGCUCAAGACAGACAUCGUACGAGCAAAUGCACUCGUACAGGAAGCAAACGUUCUGGCAGAAGAGAUGGACAAGCAAACAAAAUUCAGUGUGACGCUGCAGAUACCUCCUGCCAAUCUCAGUCCGAAUAGAAAACGAGGCGCUUUCGUAAGCGAACCAGCCAUCUUGGUGCGACGCAUGAACUCGGGCAGCCAGAUCUGGAGUAUGGAGAAGCUGGAGAACAAGCUGAUAGAUAUGCGCGACAUGUACCAAGACUAUAAGGAGCGUCAUCUGGCCGCUAUGGAAGAGGCUAAAGCUAAGUCGGAUCCAUUUUACGAGUCACAAGAAAAUCAUAACCUGAUCGGUGUAGCAAACAUCUUUCUGGAAGUGUUGUUUCACGAUGUGAAGCUGGAGUAUCAUACACCGAUCAUUAGUCAGCAAGGUGAAGUUGCGGGGCGGUUGCAGGUGGAAAUUAGCCGCGUGGCAGGUACCUUCCCACAAGAUCGUAUGUGUGAGUCAGCAUCUGAGAGUUCCGCAGACAGUCAUGAGGACGAUGAGGACUCGCCCGAUGCACCGUCACCUCCGCCGCCCACCAAUAGUAAUCAGAUCAGUUGUAGAAUUAGCAUCAAGCAAGCGUCCGGACUGCCGCUUUACCUGUCCAAUUUUGUGUUCUGUCAGUACUCUUUCUGGAACCACGAGGUAGCAGUGGUGCCGGCGACCAAUCAAGAAGUCGCUGGUCACAACCAAAACAUAACGUUCAAGUUUGACCACGAAGCGGACUACGUGGUGACGAUGAACGAAGAGUUCAUGGAACACUGCACGGAUGGUGCACUUUCAAUUGAGGUGUGGGGCCAUCGGUCGGUGGGAUUCUCACGCAUGAAAGAUUGGGAGGUAGAACAACAGCAGGCAAAAGCACGUUCGCUGGCUGAUCGAUGGGCAGAGUUAUCACGCAAGAUCGAACUGUGGGUUGAGAUCCAUGAGCUGAACGAUAAUGGUGAUUGGGCUCCUGUCGAGGUUCAAUGCGCACGCGACAUGCUAACAGGUGGAGUGUACCAACUACGCCAAGGAUUCCAACGUCGCGUCAUGGUGCGAGUAAAGCCAGUGCAAAACUCUGGCACGUUACCUAUUAUCUGUCAAUCGAUCAUCAAUGUAUCGAUGGGAUGUGUUACUGUGCGCUCCAAAUUGCAGAAACCGAUGGACUCGUAUCAAGAAGAAGAUCUGACGGUACUGCGGGACAAAUGGAGUGAAGCACUUGGACGUCGACGUCAAUACCUUGAUCAGCAAAUACAGCGAUUGAUCAACAAAGAUGAUAAGACGGAACAAGAAAAGGAGCGAGAGCAGAGUUUGGUGAACCAGUGGGUUUCACUGACGGAGGAGCGCAAUGCGGUUUUAGUGCCGGCCCCUGGAUCCGGCAUUCCUGGUGCGCCCGCUUCCUGGGAUCCACCACUCGGUAUGGAACCGCAUGUUCCUGUUCUGUUUCUUGAUCUCAAUGCUGACGAUCUGUCGACGCAGGGUCUGUCGAACGAUGAGGUCCCGUUGUCUGGUUUGAAUUCGAUUUUGCCGAAAGAGCAUGGCAAUAAAUUCUACAAUUUGCAGAUAAUCCAGCACUUGGAUAAAGAUAUUUGCGCUAUUUGUAGUUGGGAUUCGUCCAUUCAUGACUGUGCAUCCCUUAACCGUAUCACGGAAGCAAAUGAACGUGUUUACCUGAUUCUGAAAACAACCGUUCGACUUUCGCACCCGGCUCCAAUGGAUUUGGUACUUCGCAAGCGGCUGGCACUAAACAUUUACAAGCGACAGAGCUUUACGGAUCGGUUAAAGAAACUACGCAUUGGGCGCGCAGAGUCGCUGUCUUUACAAUCAGGCGUUACGUACGAAGUGGUUUCCAACAUUCCAAAGGCCUCGGAAGAGCUAGAGGAUCGCGAGUCGUUGGCACAAAUAGCCGCCACCGGCGAUGAUUGUUCGGCAAGUGAUGGCGAAACAUAUAUCGAAAAAUAUACCAAAGGAGUAUCAGCUGUGGAGAGUAUUUUGACACUGGAUCGUCUAAGGCAGAGUGUGGCCGUAAAAGAGCUGGAACAGGUGCGCGGACCGGCACUUUCUAUGCGCAAGACGGCCAGUGUGCCAAACUUCUCACAGGCGGUUAGAGAUGCCAGGGAGCUAAGUACGAGUCUCACCACCUCGAGGACAAUGAGAUUCUUCGAUGCGUCGUUCGAGUCGUUGUUGAGCAUUGGACGAUCGGAAUCGUAUGCUGAUUUGAAAAUGGGUCUUAACAAUGCGCAAAGCACGCGUGAGACGGCUAACAACAGACAAAAGAUGAAAAACAACAAUGGUGAAGAAUCGUCUAGUUCCGGUUACGGUGCAGCUCGUCCCACAUUCCUCAAUCUCAAUAUCAAUCUGAACUCCUUGCGACUUCAACCUACUAAGCCAUCACCAGCUGCAAGCAAGUUAGCCCAAAGGAUGACGACGUUGCAUGAAGAACCGUUGAUCAAGCAGAUAUGCUAUGAGGAAGAAGGAGAGGAUCGGUUUAGUGAACCGGAGUAUGCUGAUUACAACGAUUUCUACGAUCAGCCAAUGGGCAAGAAACCGUCACUAUCGAAGAUGAAAUCAUCCUACACAGUCGAAUCGUUUAUUGACAUCGAUAAACGUAGCCAGUCGACCGCUAGUGAAGGGAUGAAUUCAAUCGGGGUGACUGGUGGAAAGUUCGCUGGUAAGACGAAAGUAGAAUCGGCGUCCAUGGGUGGAAUCUCAUCGGCGCCGGUUUCGGGCGGUAGUGCUGGUGGCCAUGGGUCAAAAUAUCAAACAAUGACGCCUAGCAUGAGUUCGUCAACUUCGAGCGGCUAUGGCUCUCAAGCCGUCUCGUGCACCAACCUUACCAACGAUGACACAUACUCCAUCCGGUCACUAAGCGCCGGGGAAACGCCAGAUACAAUGUCGCCGUCCAAAAUGCAGGAUCAAAUUUUUUCUGCUAGCACCAAUGCCAAAUACGAGGAGGAAUCUGUGACCUCUCUUACGACCUCAACCUCCGCUUCUGAGAGCACGCUAAUGGUGGAGAGCAUGGAUAGCUAUAGCAGCAGUCCAUCAACACGACCACUUAGCGAUAUGCCUAAACGCGUUAAUCCGUUCCUUAAGGAUACCACUUUGGAAUCGAUUGACGGUAGCAAAUCGAUCGGAUUUGUCGAUCAUGUGAAACAGCAUAUACAACAAUAUAAUGAAGAAGAUGAAGGAAUUUGCGCAGAGCAAACUCAAUCUGUAGAUUCAACGACUAUGAGCGAAUCAACACAAAUGGUUGACGAGACUGAAGAAAGUGAUCAAUGCUCAGCGAACACCAAACUCUCCUCAGAUGUUAUGGAAAGCAGUUUCUCGUCGACGCCUGGAAAGCAGGAAAUAUUUCCGGAAUGGGUAGCGGUUGGCGAGUCCGUGCUAAUAAGACCCUAUAAUACCAGCGGUGUAAUAGCUUUCAUCGGUGCCACUCACUUCCAAGGAGGAACUUGGAUCGGAGUGGAGUUGGACACGCCGACUGGCAAAAAUGACGGUACCGUGCAAGGGAUCCAAUAUUUUGAUUGCCGUCCAAAGCACGGAAUUUUUGUGCGUGUUGACAAAUUGAUUCUCGACAAGCGUGGCCGUGCAAUGCGUGAACUGAAAAAAGCGGAGAAGAUGAAAGCUGACCUAGCUACCGGCAAAGGUGGACAGAGGCCAUCGACGGCUGCUGGAAUGACAACAAAUGGUCCACGCAAAUGA